AUGGCCGACAAUCCUUCUGCGGCAUGGCCCGUAGCAGAUUCAGCACUCACCACUAAGAUCCUUGAUCUCGUUCAGCAAUCCUCUCACCAGCGCCUUCUCAAGAAGGGUGCGAACGAGGCAACAAAGACCCUCAACCGUGGAACCUCCGAGAUAAUCAUCUUGGCGGCGGACACCAGCCCACUGGCCAUUCUUCUGCAUCUUCCUCUCCUCUGCGAAGACAAGAACGUGCCCUACGUUUAUGUUCCCAGCAAGACCGCCCUGGGCCGUGCCUGCGGUGUCUCGCGCUCAGUGAUUGCUGCCAGUAUCACGACCAACGAAUCCAGCGACUUGAUGCCCCAGAUCCGCGAGCUGAAGAACCGCGUUGAAAGAUUGAUGAUUUAG